AUGGAAGCUACGAUCCGGCGUGUCGAAGAUGGCUUCGAAAUGGGAUUGUUGUGGAGGUAUGACAACGUCUGCUUUCCAGAUAGCUAUCCGAUGGCGCUACGCCGACUGCAGUCGCUGGAGAAACGGCUAAGUAAGGAUCCUGUUCUCGAAGCAAGGGUGAGAGAGCAGAUAAUGCAAUUCGAGCAAGGUCUGGUACUUACCUCUCGGAGUAGUACAGAACCCAAAAAACCAGACAAGUUGCGGCUAAUCUGGGACGCUAAAGCCCGAUCAGGGGAAAUGUCGUUCAACAACGCGCUAUUGAAGGGUCCAGAUCUUUUAGUUGUUCUGACAGAAGUCUUGCUACGAUUCAGACAGGGGAACAUCGCUAUGGUAGGCGACAUUGAAGAAAUGUUCCAUCAGAUUUGGAUACGGCCAGCAGACCGGCAGGCACAGCGGUUUUUAUAUCGACUGCACCCAGAGCAAGACCCUCAAAUAUACGUCAUGGACGUGGCAUCGUUCGGGGCAACCUGUUCACCAAGUCUGGCACAGUUUGUCAAAAAUAAAAACGCAGAGGAGUUUGCAGAAAGCUUUCCAAGGGCGGCGAAGGCUAUAACGCAAAACCACUACGUGGAUGACUUCUUAGACAGCGUGGAUACUGAAGAAGAAGCCAUACGAUUGAUUACCGAGGUGAAGCACACCCACUCACAAGCCGGAUUCAACAUUCGUAAUUUCUGUUCGAAUUCAUCUGAAGUCUUGGCGAGCAUUGGAGAACCAGAAGCCCAGCAGAAAGUGUCCAUGAACCUGGAAAAUGCGUCGGAGUCGGAAAGGGUGCUUGGUUUGAUCUGGAAGCCAAAGGAGGAUAUUUUCACCUUCGAUGUGAGCAGCAUGAAGGAGGAAAUCAAGCUUCUAAUCCAGAGUGGAACCACUCCCAGCAAACGGCAAGUCCUGCAAACGGUUAUGUCCUUGUUCGAUCCGUUGGGGUUUAUCGCCCACUUCGUCGUACAUGGGAAGAUACUGAUGCAACAGAUUUGGAGAACCGGAACGGACUGGGAUGAACCUAUUACGAAAGAAUUGGAAGCAAAGUGGAUCCAGUGGUGCCAGUACAUGCAGCGUUUGGACCAAGUGAAGGUGCCCCGGUGCUACUUCAAUGGGGUUGCCAUUGCGGCCCUUGAACAUGCGGAAGCUCAUCUAUUUGUGGAUGCCAGCGAAUUGGCCUGUGCUGCGGUCUUGUAUCUCCGAUACGUAGACGGUGGAAGACCCAAAUGUGCUCUGGUUGCCGCAAAAACGAAGGUCGCGCCGCUGAAACCGCUUUCCAUCCCACGCCUGGAGCUGCAAGCGGCGAUGAUCGGGGCAAGAUUGAUGAACUCCACCCUAAGUUCAUUAGACUUCAAAGUAAGCAAGCAUUUCUUUUGGACCGAUUCUUCAACGGUUCUCAGCUGGUUACGCUCCGAUAGUCGACGCUACCACCAGUUUGUAGCCUUCCGAGUAGGAGAAAUCCUCACUACCACUAACGUGGAUGAGUGGCGUCACGUUCCGUCGAAAGUAAACAUCGCCGACGUAGCCACGAAAUGGAAAGACGGGCCAAGUUUCUACCCAAAUGAUCCGUGGUUUAGUUCCCCGGAAUUUCUGUACCAAACCAAAGAGAAGUGGCCACCAGAGGCACCAGGAAAGCUGACAGAGACUGAAACCGAACUACGUGCCGCUUUCCUGUUUCACGGUAUAAUACCGCAAGUUGCGGUGAAAUUCAAUAGGUUUUCCAAGUGGAAUCGACUACUGAGGACGACUGCCUAUGUUCUACGAGCUGUGCGUAGAUUCAGAGGAGAGAAGCCGUCCAAUCCGUAUAUUCUGUCGCAGAAAGAGUUAGCUGACGCAGAAACCGCCAUAUGGACACAGAUUCAAGCCGAAACGUAUCCGGACGAGUACGCGAUUCUGCAGCGCAAUCUAGCGAGUCCCCUAAAUCACGUUCCUAUCCCAAAAUCGGGUCCACUAUAUGGUCUUUCAGCGUUUCUAGACGAGCGUGGCGUCAUCAGAAUGAACAGCAGGAUUUCUACUGCACCGUCUCUGACGAAGGAUAUAAAGUAUCCGAUCGUGCUACCGAGGAAGCGUCAUGGCGUCUACCUCCUAGCUGAAAGCUACCAUCGGAAAUUUCUUCACGCAAACGGCGAGACUAUCGGUAAUGAGAUGCGUCAGCGGUUCUGGAUACCGGGCUUACGAGUUUUGAUUCGUCAGCUUUCGAAGCAAUGUAUGACCUGCCGUGUUAGGAAAGCUGAACCAUUACCUCCUAUGAUGUCAGCACAUCAAACGUUCCGAGUGACAGGAAUGGUUAGACCGUUCACACACACUGGAGUGGACUACUUGGGACCAAUACUGGUGAAGCAGGGCCGCAGCUUGGCUAAAAGGUGGGUAGCGUUAUUCACCUGCCUCACAAUACGCGCCGUACAUUUGGAGGUAGUUCACAGCCUGUCCACUCAGUCCUGCGUGAUGGCGAUCAGGCGAUUCGUAGCACGUCGGGGUUCACCAGAAUCCUUCUACAGCGACAACGGGACGAAUUUCCUGGGAGCAAGCAACCUGCUACGAGUUCAGAUCCAGAAUAUCCACGAAGACUCACCGCAUAUGGCAGGCUCCUGGGAGCGCAUGGUGCGCUCCGUGAAGGUGGCCAUAGCGGCCAUUGCGGAUCACCCACAUCAUCCUAGCGACGAGGUUUUGGAAACUGUGGUUCUCGAGGCAGAGUCGAUCGUCAAUUCCAGACCACUUACAUACAUUCCCCUAGAGUCGACGGAGCAGGAGUCACUCACGCCAAACCACUUUCUGCUAUUUGGCACCAAGGGCAUAUCGCAACAAGGGAUAUCUAUGAAGGUGGAAGGAAAUACCCUACGGGACAGCUGGCGCUUAGCGCAGUGCUUGGUGAAUCAUUUCUGGAGUCGCUGGAUUCGAGAAUACGUGCCAACCAUAACCAGGCGUACCAAGUGGUUUGAGCCGGUCAAGCCGUUGGAAGCAGGAGACCUCGUUCUUGUCAUCGAGAAUGGAAAGCGCAACGGGUGGUUGCGAGGCAGAGUUGUAGACGUGAUGAAGGCGAAGGAUGGACAAGUUCGGCGAGCAUUCGUGAUGACGAAGAAUGGGCUGUUCAACAGGCCUGCAGUGAAGUUGGCGGUUCUGGAUCUUCAGACACCUGGGGAUGGUCCGGAACUUCACGGGCAGGGGAUGUUACGGACGUUAGCCGUACGCUCCACACAGGAGACAAGCAGUGCACGCCGACCGAUGAUUCUUCUACACUUUCGACCUCCUCAACCUCGUUGUAGUGAGUAUCCACCGGAGCCGGUCCUCUGUAACGCACAGCACUCCAGCGUCGAAUCGGUGCGGCAACUGUCAGCGAUGAACAGCAACAAAAGACCUUGA